GGGAUGGUUGGGCUAUGCCUUUGCGUUAAUGCUCAUCUUCUUAGCAGUCUUUGUUGUUCUCACACGGUGUUUUAGCCAAGGCAGACCUGUUGAUGAACUCAAGGUAGCAGUACCUCCGGCAAUGAACACAAUGGAGCAGCUUUUGGCUGUACAGAAUGCCAUCUCUCAAGCUGAAGAGCUAAUCCAGGAUGGAAAUAUUGUUCUUCUCAAGCUGCGCGCCUUACUGUUGUCAAUUUUUCCACAGGUCCUUUUUACUUCGGUCCUUUCUGGCUUGCAAAUUUUCUCUCUUUGGUGGGCUGGUGAUGGCCAGCAAAGAACAUUAUAUUUUAAUAACUGGCAAAAAUUUGAGUUAAAGCUCAACAUCAAUUUGGAUAUGGUGCAUCACAUCACGGAAUAG